AUGGCUGCUUUGGUCCAAACACUGCCUGCCCAAACAACGACGGUCACAAUGCUGGGACGCCCCUCUUCUUCGGGGGGCUAUCCUUCGCAGGGCUCGCAAGGACAGAUGAGAAACCACCAGCCGAGUCGAUAUAACAUGCCUGCCACAGGUUACAGAGGCAUGCCCGCUAGUGGUCCCAUUGCCCCCUAUGCCUUCACAUCGACGCCGCAGUUGGCCACCAACAAUGCCAAUGCCAAUUCCAAUGCACGCCCAUUCGCUCUGAAUACUGGGCGGUCGAUCUCUUCUCCAAAAGCCCCUCAACCAAGUAUCUCUCCUUCCUCGCAACCUUCCUCUCCAAAUAGUCCUUCACAUGUCGAUGCUGGUAAUCGUCCUCUGUCAUUAGGACUUCCACCUAUACCCUCCGGCUCUUUCAUGGCUCCUCAGUCGACACCCACUGUGCCUAAGCCGUCGCCAGAUCGUUAUCGAAGAACCGUACGACGAAGUGACGGAGACAGCGGUUCCAAUCGUGUUCCUACAGGUUCCACUCUCCCAUCAGGCUCUGGAAUGGCGGCAGUUGGCCCCCUUUACAGUCACCCUGCUCAAUCGAACAGUACACCGUCCCUCCAUUCCCAGCACUCCUAUAGAAACUCGCCGCAAGGCAACACACUUCAGCCCAAGAACUCGAGUGCUGAUGACCUGCAAUUGGUUCGCCCCCAGCCCGCAGAGCUGGCUGCAAGGUAUCGGAGGCGCAGUUUCGGCAGCAUUGAGACGGCAGGCCUAAAUCAUUCUUCUGAUAGCCAGGAAACCGUCUCUCCUCAUCCGAAGGCAUUCCUCGAUUCACCGUCGAGUCCAGUUGGCGCUCUACUCCCCCCUCAGCGACCUGCUCAUCACAGACAUACCUCGAGCUCUGACAGUGUGACCUCUUCGAAGUCUGCGCGAUCUUCCCGACCCGGAUCGUCUCGAACAGAACAGCCGAUCACGGUCGCCGCUUCUGGCCCUCUUUCCUCGCCUAAACAAGAACCGAAACUUGCUGCAGCGCCUCGUCUUGGAGACUCAAGCAUUCGCCACCCGUCUCCUUUAUCCCGGCCUGUCAACAUUCUCCCUGACAAUGUAGACGAAGGGCAUUCGACGGCAUCAGCUUCGACUCCUCAGAUGUCCACCCCACCAAGCCUAGCUGCCGAGCAGCUCACUGCUGUAAGCAAGAAGGACUCAAAAAAGCCCAAAUCGAAACUGCGGCGCGCGUUCUCUUUCGGAAGCGCAGCAGAACUUAGAAAGGCUACUGCACAACACAAUCUGGAGAAGAGUGUGGCCAACAACCAGGCACCGUCAAAGCGGAAUUCAAAAUAUGAGGAUGAACUGGAGCCUGAGCAAGCGCGCAUUGCUGAAAAGCAAGAGGCCGCUGGAUUGGGUGAGAGCAUUUAUUCUGGUCAGGGCAACUUCUUCACCGGUUCGACUGACAAUUUGUCCAUCUCUUCGACUGCUUCUUCGGCUUCGAUUAUGCUCCGUAAAAUGGGCAAGGGGGUCAAGAAGGGCACUCGAUCUCUUGUCGGUCUGUUUCGGCCGAAGUCUGUGGUGGGUGUACCUGCUGCCGAUGGGCCGGUGAACUCAGCGACUAUAGCACAGGUUUCAAUGGUCACUGUUGAGGCAGAAAGAGAAAAUGUCAACGUCAACAUCAAUCCUCACGAGCACGUAGGAGGUGGUACCGGGUUCCCCAAAUUGGAGCGCAACUCCAUCGACACCAAACUCUCCUUCGAAAGUGGUACCGUAUCCAGUGAUACACGAUCACGACGAAGCAUCGUCGGCGGAGAGAAGGAGCGUGCCGAGGUCCUUGCCGCCGUCAAGAAAGGCAUCCUCAAGCGAACGGAUUCGAACCAACCGUCGCCCAAGGUCAGACCAUACGACUUCAAGGCUCCCGAUUUCAACUUGCCUCAAAUUCCUCACAUGAACGACUCACCCAAGUCGAGUGCCCCUAGCACGCCUGCCGAUGAACCACCUCGAUCUGGUCAUCGCCGAACCGACUCGAUCACCAUUGAAAGCAACGAUCACGACGAUUAUUUUACUUCCAUGACUAGACUUGGCAGCUUAGACUCGAAGAAUAUACCGGUGACCCCACAGGGUCUAAUUCGCAACAUUUCGUUCAGCCCACGAAUUCAAUUUUACGAUACUUGGCCUAGCGGAGAGUACGAUCGACGGGGAGAGAUAGCAACUUGCAAUCGAUUGACUCCGAUGCUGGCACAGCAGAUUAAAGAGGAGCUCAACACCUUCAAAAUGGAAAUGGAGGUUCACGAGUCAUCCAAAGUCUACACGCAUUUCUUCUAG